AUGACCGACUCGGAAUCGCCGUCUCCAGGCCACGACUCGGACACCUUUGACAGAAAUGGCAGUCCAUUGAGCGACGUGUCUUCGCCGGCAGACACAAACACAUCGGCCUCGAAUCCGGCCCACCCAACGGACGACUCAUCACUAACCGACACCGAGGCCUCUCUCAAGGCCCAAUUGGCGGGCUUUGUCGAAGGCCUGGUCGACGACACAAACAUAACCGACACAAACACAUGUUCAGCUACCGUCGUUGCUCCUCUAAUCACUGCUGCUCCCACCACCACCACCACCACCACCAUCACCGCUACUGCUAGCACCACAGUGUCCACCACAACAGCAGCAACCACGUCUAUCGCAGUUGGCGCGCCGUCUGCCUCGGGCAAGUCCCUCACCCCGGCACAAAGCCUGGCGCGAAAACUGUCGGAAAAACCGCCCACCAAACUGUACAAGAAAACGCAGACUAACCGCCGUCGGUCCCCUCCCGUGGCCACCAAUGGCCCCAUAGCCAUUGCUCCCGCUCCGGUAUUGCGUCCGUUGCUCCCCAAGCCCGUGGUGCCUAUCCGGCCCAAAAAGCGAGCAAAGUCCGUGGGUGGAGCGUCCGCCAACAGCGCCGCAGUGCCCACCACGGUUGCCCCCUCGGCCGUCACACAGACACCGUCAGUCGUGCGACGAGCCUCCAAGACAGCCUCCGCUAACACCUCCAACACCAAGGCCUCUUCCACAGCCGCCGUCAACACGACCAUAUCUCCUUCGUCGUUAUCGCUCCCCACAAAACGCAAGUCGUCAGACGUGUCGACCGACUCAUCGCUGGACAUGAUGCUGACUCCAGCAACGACUCUGGACAUGAGCCUCGACAUGAGCCUGAGUCUGGACAUUUCGCAGCCUAACUUGGACUUUUGGCCCGACGAUCUGGAAUGGCAGGACUCGGGAAUCACACAGCCCAAGGAGCUGAAUCUGGAGGAUAUUUUUUACGAUCUAGAUGAGCAAAUUAUUGCUUAA